UCUCCAGCUGCCGUUUUGUCACGUUUGGACGCUGUUUUCCUGCAAUAUUAUUUUAAUUUAUUAUCCCUUAUUUUCCCUUUUCACAUAGACGCAUAGUCACAUCUGGAGUUUUGCUUCCUUCUUGGUCCAAACUUGAUUCCUUUCACGUGAACAACCUUGAUCCCCCAUUGACUGUCAGCCUGCAAACCAGCCUGUGUGACAACCAGCAUCAACACACAAGCAAACAGCCAACAGGACCGUCAUCUGCCGAAAGCUGAAACGUACAAUCUGCGCAUUGACAAUCAGCCAGUGAGAGAGACAGACAGCUACUGAAGCAACCUGUAAGAUAUUUAGCUGGCCUGACCGGACAGAAGGGCAGCCAUGUUGAUCAUCUUAGCCUUCAUCGUCCUUUUCCAUCUGGCUGCAGCCAUACUCCUCUUUGUUGCAACCAUUCACAACGCGUGGUGGGUGGUGUCGAAAGUUGGACGCGAUGUGAUCUACGCUGACCUGUGGUACUCCUGUAACUCCACCUGCUAUCCUGUGGAGAACAGCCAUACUACUGAUGCGGCAUAUCUGCAGGCCAUCCAGGCCACCAUGAUCUUGGCCACCAUUUUAUGUUGCGUCAGCUUCUUCAUCUUCAUCCUUCAGCUCUUCAAGCUCCAACAGGGAGACAGAUUCAUUUUCACUGCUAUUAUCCAGCUAUUGGCCUCUCUAUGUGUGAUGAUCGGAGCAUCCAUCUACACGGCUCAGAAAAAGAGCUUUCAUGUGGCCAGUCUCCAGGAAGGCUCCUACGGCUCCUCCUACAUCAUAGCCUGGAUCAGCUUCCCUAUGACUGCCAUCAGCGGCCUCAUGUACCUGGUGCUCAGGAAGCGCAAAUAGAUGCGACGGGCUUGACGCACAGGCGAAGAAAAUAUAAACAGGAACACUUGGACACAUUUGUGUAUCUUUAUUCAUUUGCAUAAAGAUACACUUUGCCUCAACAAACAUGCAUGCACACAUUCUCUCUCUUACCCUUAGAUUUUUUUAAAUAACAUCGGAGCAAAGUAAAUACACCACAAAUCCACAAUAACUUCAAGUCUCACAUUUCACAAAAAAAGCAAGACAUUUUUUUUCGUAUCAUUCUUACACACCUACAUUGUCGCACUCCCUUCUCCUUCCUGAUUUAUUGUUCUCACUGAAUUCAGCAAAGAUGCGCAAAAACUCUCCAGACACCCAGUUAAUUCAAUUGACAGGUUAUAUGAGACCAUACACUUUACACUUUUUCCCAGAUAAGAGCCUGAGAAACACGACUGACAGUUGACUGGAUGGACCCACUGUGAGUCGGGCAGACUGGAAACAUUUAUGGUGAGAAAUACACUUUUGCCAGCUAGGUCAACUGUGCUGGAUAAAUUCAUUUACAUCAAGUUGAGGUCAAAUCUACGCAACACAAAUGCAGAUCAGCACUCACUCACCACUCUGGGUAGAAAAUGCCCCCGAUGCUCCUUGCUGCGUUUAGUGAGAACAUGCCUUCACUAUCCUCUUCCCACUUUCCCCCCUCAGCCACUACACAGGACAUUGGUCAAACAUACUGAUUCGUGUCCUCCUCUUGUAACAUUGUGUGACCAGCUCCAUUCAUAGGAACCUGUCUGAAAUUUCCAAUCACAAAGGAUAAAAGUCAAAGACAAGUGGGGAGAUUUGUCUUACUGGGAACCAUACUUUGUUUGUGAAUCUAUACUCAACUGAAUUUAAUUUGUACAUAUUUGCUGUGUAUGUAUAGUUCAGGUAAUUGCCAAAAGCUUAUUUCUAAUACUGAAAUACUAAAACUAUAUGUAUAAAAAAAGAAAAAAAAAUAGAUAAUCUUGUGUUAACCAUAGUAUAUAGGACGUGUAGUGAGGCACUAGUUGAACUUUAUUAUGUAGGAUUUUAACUUGUUUGUAUUCUUCUGUGAUUGACUUGUGUUUUAAUGGUGAAAAAGGAACCAAUGAUGUGCUGUGAUAUUCGGGAUUUUAAAUGACAACAGAGGAACAUACAAACUUGAAAUAAGAAUGAACAUUUCUUUGUUAUUAUUAUUAUUAUUAUUAUUAUUAUUAUUAUUAUUAUUAUUAUUAUUAUUAUUAUUAUUAUUAUUAUUAUUAUGCUUUUUUGGUUCACAGCUUCACUGAGAAAAAGACAAGAGCUAUUUAUUGUUUAAAACCACUGUUGUGUAUUUUAAGCAUCAUGUGACUGAAGUAUGAAGUAAUUAUGUCUUGCCAUAUUUCCUCCUUCUCUGGCCAGGCUACUGUUUAUUUGGUCCAUUACUGAAACAUAUCUCUGGCAUUUAACAACAGUACAUGUGUGACUGUACUGUACCUGCCACCGAUUCCCAAAAUUACUUCUAAUUUCAGCCUUUGUGGAUAUACAGACAUAAGGUUUGAUCCCAUAGUAGCACUGUUUUCCUCUUUCUUGGUGUUACUUUGGGGGUAAAACAGUUAAAGGAGACCAGCAGGGUAUUAAUGCAUGCAGCUUGGAUCCUUCAGAGGUAGACUGGGAAGUUUUGUGUUCGGAAUAUGUUCAUGUCGUUUGGUCCACAGAGUCUGGUAACUUACUAUGUCACCAAUAAUGAAGAUCCAGGGAAAAGAAAUGGAAGUGAAGAUGUUGCUCUGCUAUCUUGAGAUGAUACUUGAAAAUGAUCAAAACAACAUAUUGGAGUCCAAAAUUGUGAUGUUUGUUGUUCAUAUGUUUUUUGUGAAGUUGUCCUCUUAAGAGUGUUUCACUAAAUAAUAAGCCUCCAGUUUGCAUGCAAGUUUUUGUCUUUCAGCAGAUCCCUUUUUAAUUUAUACUGAGAUGUAAAGUAAGUGCUGUAGUACAAUUGUUUCCCAGUAAAAUAUUGUUUAUUACAGGUAAUUUAAAACUUGGAUCUAUUUGGUUUAGCUUUGGUGAUUUAAAAACAGAUCUACAUUUAGAAUAAUCAGUUCUGUGCUAACUAUUUUGCAGAUAUUCAACAGAAACCACCGCAAUCACCUUUUCAAGAGUUGAGUUAUCAGAGCCACUUUUUAUUUGAAAUUGGUUAUGUUUCGGUUUAUGGUUGUAAUCAUUUUCAUGUAGUCUGUUUUAUGUCAUUGUAGAUGUACUGUGUCUUAGUCAAUGUGGUUAUAUACAAAUAUAAUCACAGCACCACAGUGAUAAAUGAGCAUGUGAGUUGUUGAAGCCAAAACCUUUUUUUAAUGGGGAUUUGUUUUUUAAACAUUUUUUGGCAGUCGAAAUAUUUUUUAAUGCUUAAUUAAUGAAGUAUUAAUUCCACAUUGAUUGAGAGUCUCACGUUACUUUAUAAUGAAUACAUGUUGGAAUGGUCAAAAAACUUAAAUUGAACAAGUUGUUUUUCCUGCAUAGGAUACAUCCGAAGAUGUUAGUUUUGACACAGGCUUUAGGUGUAUAUCACGUUAAAUGGCUUUUACUGUUUUAGGGAAAUUUGAUCACAACAUGAUCUUGGCUGCUUUGGAAGUCUGUACGAUGUAUUCAUGUAUUCACAUGUCAUCAAACUAAUAGUGUUGUCUGCUAUUGACACCCAGUGGACUGAUAGAAAACUACACACGUUUGAGCCUACAGGACAGACUCCAACCAGCACUCCUGGUUCUCUGUCUCUACAGAUUGGCCAAACUUCCAACGGAUUCAGGAACAAAGACUCAUUUUAUAGGUUCCUUUUUUUCCUAUUGCCCCCACCCAUGUAGAUCUCAAUAAAUGUAUUUUACAAUGAA